AUGGCGAAGAACAAAAGCACUAAGAAGGCUCAAGCCACCAAGAAGACUCAAGCCAGCAAGAAGACUUCAACUAUCCCGCUUCCUCCAGCCAUCUACAUCAAUGACGCCAGUCUCUCGGAUGGCACUCCCGACUACGCUCUAGCCCUGCUCAAGCUGUUGCCAAACUAUGCCUACGAGACUGUUUCCGACGCUUUCAACACACAGGCUGCUGUCAAUCACCUUGAACGCACCAAGACAGCGAAGGCCGUUGCGUGUUUCAUUGAUCCUCGAGUUGACGGCAGUCUCGCCGAGGCCGCGAAGCACGCCAAUAUCAUCAAGCAGGCCUGCGUCAAGCAUGGUCGCAACUUCGUCUCCAUCAACAUUUACAACUCAAGCGUCUUCCCGGACGGCCUAGCCAAGGAGAAGUCCCUUUUUGCCGCUAACCACCUCGAUCAUGCAGUGAAAGACUAUACUAGCCCAGCUAGUGCUGCAAAGGAGAUUCUGAAGUGGCUCUUCAAGACUCUGGCACCGAUCGAGACCAUCUACCUCAUCCCCGACGCUGAGAUGAAAGCCAUCGACACCAAGAACUUCUCUGACUACGCCUAUUGCCCGCUUGAUGAAACGCACCUACGCGGCAAGGACGAGAAGGUCCAGUUCGUCGCCGUCAUCACUUCUAAGGCUGUAGUUGCUCCGGAGGGCAAGAAGCUCACGUGGUCUGUGGCCGAUAAGAGCGGAGUCGCAAACUUCUACUUCGUCCACCGUGGCACCAGCUCUCAAUACACCUGGGACUGGGUUAUGGCUCUGCAGCCUGGUCAACGCGUCGCCCUUCCGCGCAUGCCCUCCGUCCUGGUCACCGAGCCGCUUGGCAAACGCGCCGCCAAAGCCCCGUUUCGUGCCGUCGGCUACACUCUGCUCGUGCCUGCCACCGCCCUCAUCCUGGCCGGAAAGGGCAUCAAAGCCGUGGGCAAGAAGGCGUGCAUGGGCAAGGCCAGCAAAUGGGUCGCGCGCGACGACGCGAUCGUGGAUGGCAAGGGAAAGGUGAGAGAGCGCAAGGCUGGUGAAGCCCCGCAGGUCAAAGGCAAUACGCAGCCGGAGUGGGAGAAGGUGUUGCAGGACAGCGAGGAGGACACUGCCCCGUGGCGCGUGUUCGAUGAGAAGGGCAUGAUGCGCUGGGACUGCGUCGACGAGGACGCCAAAACCGAGAAGGGAAGUGUGCACGGAAGCGACAAGGAGGCGUCGCUGGCCUAG